GGCUUUGUUAUGUUAUUGUUAUAAUUGACAAAAUUUCUCAUGAAUUGUUCUUAUAUUAGUUCAGCUUGAGCCUAGAUAGGCUCUGCUGCAAAUGGAUGAAAGGCAGCUGGCACGUAUUGGCCCCACUGGGGGUGGAGAUGUUAGAGCUGCGUGCAAGAAAUGUGGUUACCCUGGUCAUCUCACUUAUCAGUGCAGGAACUUUAUCAAGGUUGACCCAAAGAAAGCUGUUGUGCUGGAUGUAUCAUCAACUUCAUCUGAAGACAGUGAAGAAGAGACCCCACUGCAAGCACUACACACACAGGAGCUUAUGAGCUUGACCACAGGUAAUCUACCGGGUGACUGCUUCUUAUCAUCCAUGGUUAUGGAUGCCGGGGAGCGUGUAAGUCGGACCCGCAUGUCAUCCGCCUGCCGCCUCAUCCCGCAGUGCAGGCUCGUCUGCGCUAAUACAGCGUCUGGCGAGGUUUUCUUCUAUUCCUCGUAUGUGACGAACUACUUCGAAGGCUCUCCGAACGUCUUUCACGAUAUUUGCUACACGUCUUGGCUUCAUCCAGGAAAUCUCGUGACUCGCACCUCCUACUUGGCCGUGAACGCAACCUUGCCUUUCUCAUCCUCCUAUCCUGUGUCCAAGUCUACCGACGGAUACGCUUGUUCCGAGUCCCUGGACGGUUACUGGUCUGUCUCAACUCUCGUUCGCUUCUACACGAUGGACCUUGGCAAAGUGAUGCGAGUUUCUGAAGUUAUUGCUAUCGCUCUCUAUGGAUCUGACUUCAAUGAUAUCGUAAUUAGGUUCGGCAACGCUUCUGCCUACGAACAGAACCCCGUUUUCGCGCAACGAUCUGGUUCCGGUAAAGACUAUACGCCUGAAACUUUCACGUCUCCGAUGCCAAUGUUUGGCAGGUACCUGACACUCACUGCCGGAGGUACAGCACGACGAUUUUCCCUGGUGGAGUUGCAAGUAAUUAAUUAGGCACUCAUGAGCCUAAUCAGUUUAUGUCAACAAAGAGCUAAAAUUUUCUAAGCACACUGAAACGCAAGCUAAUAAA